CGCCCCCACCUAUACAGUUUCUGUAUGCAAUUGGAAUGAGUUUGGCUUAUGUCCGCCCACAACAUCGCUCUUAAGGCAGCAGUUUUUCAGAAUGUCUGCAUUCUCACACGUGCUCUUUACAUGCAAAAUUGCGUCACGUUUCUUAGCUACUCUGAAACACCAUCCAUUGCGGUCGUGCAGUUUCUAAACUCUUUUAUAUACCAUACAUUGCCUUGGACAUUCAUUACAUUAGAUUAUAUCUGUUUUGGUAAGAGAUGUCUCAACCUCACUUCAUCACAAUCGACUUCUUGGGAAUUGGUAAUGACGAAACUGCUAAGGAGAAUACCAGUUCUGCCAUGGAUUCUCAACCACAACUUAUGAAGAGGCGAGCAAUGCAAUCAUGCCUGAGAAAGAUUAAACCUCACAUGCUGCAACAAGUACUCUCUGAUUGUGGGGUUUCUGAAGAUUUAAAGACCAUGCAAUUGUUUCCGCAACACGCCGGAGGAUUUCAGUUGGAUAAUAAGGAUUACCAACUGCCUUUACUCGAUACAAAAUUCAGCAUUUCUGAAGCAUUGAAUUUCAAGCCCCCUACGAAACCGUCAUCUUCUCAGCUAAUGCUUUUCUACAAUGGAGUACUAAAUGUCUACGGCAACAUUUCUUCUGAUAAAGCAAAGGUUAUAAUGACCAUGGCAGCCAGUAAUGGGAAUACUGCAAAUCUUUCGAAUUGUGAAGCUUUUCCAAAACCAUUACGCGAAAGCAUUUCCAAAUUACAAGGAUCUGCAAAUCAAAGACACCAUCUUGGCAUAGCGCAUUGGAAACUUCCAUUAGCGAAGAAAAAAUCCCUUGGACGCUUUCUCCAGAAACGGACGGCCAGGUAGAUCGAAAUUCUUGGUUGAUAUGCGAUGGAGAUUGAAAGAGAAAGGAAGAGAAGAUUUUGUACAGUAAAUUCGAUGAAAUUGUUCUCUGUUUGAGAGGACGUUAAGGGACUCUAUCCCUAUGAGAGCUCAUAAAAAGAAUGACUCUCACAGCUUUUGACUGAUUCUUUUCACCUUUGAGUGAAGCAGUUCAAACCACCGUCCCACAUUUGUCGGCGAAUUUUAGUUUAUAUUGUAUUUUAUACGCCAAAUUUGAACUGUAUCGAUUUUGACUGUGAUUAAUUACCAACUAAUCAAGAAUUUUCCUCAACCACGUUAUUUGACUGGUCAA